UGUGGUCGUUCUCGUGUCAUCAUGUCCUCCUAGAAACGGUUGCUAACAACUCUGGAGAAAGAGUAGUGCGGACAAGCGUGUCGGCAUUGAAAGUGGUAUCAGUGGUUAAUUGCGCGAACUACAAUUUUUCAGUUCCUGCAGAGUACAAUUUAAACCAUGCCUCGAGGAAGAUCAGCCACCAGUGUCCACUCUGACAGUAGUGACAUGGAUAUUGAUGGAAUAGCGGAAACAGAGAUGGGAAAACUGCAAAGACAGUUCCGGAUCAUGGGGGGAGACCGGCUGGCCUACAGCAUCCAGUCUCAAGAUCACAUACGCAGACAGCGGCAGGAGAUAGAGACGCUUGAGAAGGAACAGGAGGAGCUACAGCGUAGUCUCUGUGUGUCUGAGAGCCUAUCCCGGCGGCAGCGGGACAGUGAGGAUGCCCAGACCCUGCGCUCCAUGCUGGAACAGAGGGACGAGGUGGGGGACGAGGUGGAGAGGGAGAGGCAGAGUCAGGCAGAGCUGGAGCAGGAGAUCUCUAGCAUGGAGAGAAAGUUGACAGAGCUGAGGAGAGGCGAGGUCACUGCUACUCUCAGCCAAAAGUCCCAGUCCCGACAAACUCAGAAGGCCUCACGCACCCUGGAGAACAAACUGGAUAGAGCCCUCAUUCGCUUCAACGAGCAGCUGACUAAAAACAGCCACCUAAGAGAGGACCUGGAGACUCUGCGUGUGGAGCGGGUCCGGUUCCAGCAGCUCCACCGCAGACUGGACAAGGAGCUGCAGGAGAUCCGGAAAGACAUCGGAGAUAUGGUCAGCCUCUCCACUGCUGCAUAUGAUGUCAGGGUGGAGGCCCAGUCUAAGAUGAUCAUGAUGAGGGAGAAGGCAGUAAAGGACCUGUCUCAGUACAGCGCUGAAAUGAAGGAGCUGGAGAGGGUGAUCGCACACGAGCGCCGCCUCAAAGAGUUCAUGACCACCAAGUGCAGUGAGAGGAGUGGCCAGGAUGAGGGGCAAGAACUGGGCCGCAGGCAUGCAGCAGAGUUGAAGGAACAGAGGAGGUUGGACUCUGGGGAGGAGUCAGUGGACACACUGGAGGAAGUCUUCCAUAGGAUCCAGAAUAUCACAGGAGAGGAAGACCUGGACAUGCUGGUCACCAGGUUCAUCCAAGUCGAGGAUCAGAACUUUGCCCUCUUCAACUAUGUGAAUGAGCAAAACAACGAGGCUGAAGCUUUGAGGGACCAAAUUAACCAGACCCAGAGGGAGAUGGAGGAGUUUAAUGUGAGGGGGCAGCAGCAGAAGCAGCAGCACCAUGCUUUGUUGAGAGACAUUGAUCAGCAACAGAGAGACACAGAGUCUCAGGCACACGAGAAUGAACUCCUGGCCAGUGCUGUGAGCAAGAUCCUGGACCAGAUAAAGACAGGAGUGAACAGUGUGUUCCAUAAGAUGGACUGUGAUCGCUCAGUGGUGGAGGACUUGCUGGGCUCGUCCUCUGGCAUCCGGGAGAACAACAUCAUGACCUACCUGGGUCUGGUGGAACAGAGGACCAACCAGCUGCUCACCAUGCAGGCCUUCCUCAACUCCAGGGAUCUCGAUAAGGAGUAUGACCCAAAAGACCUUGCCCGAUUUCUACUCGGUCAGAACCCUGAGGUUCCCAGACAAAAUAUCAUCAUACAGCCUCCUGUCACUGGGGAUGACUAUGACACAGAGGAGUCUCCUUUCACUGAUGAGGAAGAGCGGCCUCUCUCCCAGGGAGAACUACGCCAGAGAAUCAUGAAAGGGGUCCUGCUAAAGGAGGGAUCAGUUCGUCACGCAGGACCAAGGAGAAAGAUGAGUGUUCCGUCCAACAGCCAUCGGCGCUCCCUAGAGGCCUGAGAGGAGCGGCACACAAGGAGAUGGAUAUAUCCCGACGGUUUUGUCAAGAAGAGAUAAAGCUUGGUCAAAAUGUACGCAGCAGUUUAGGAUAAUUAAUGUAGCAGUUUAGGAGAAUUAAUGCAGGAGUUUAGGAUAAUUAAUGUUAGGAGAAUUAGGUUAAGGUUAGGUGAAAUAAUGUAGCAGGUUAGGAGAAUUAAUGUAGCAGGUUAGGAGAAUUAAUGUAGCAGGUGAGGAGAAUUAACGUAACAGGUUAGAAGAAUUAUGUUAAGGUUAGGAUAAGGGUUAGUAUUAGGAUUAGCCAAAAAAUAAAAACACUUUUGAUGUCAAUUUGACAAAAGCUAUAUCCCAUCUAGAUUUGACCUUUCUAGCCACCCCCACCUGAGGAAGGACCUCAUCCUAGGAAGAAUAGCCGAUUUUGUUAUCUAGUGUUAUUGCCUGAAUUUCAACCAUGAUCAAAUGACCAAAUGUCACCAUUUUAGUUAUGAUUUAAUAUAUGGUAGAUAGUAUUACUUGUGCUUCUAUAUCUCAUUUUUAAUAAUAUGAUGCUGCAUCAUCAUGGUUUGUUACAAUAUAAGUGUGAUUUGUUUAGCUUGAACUAAUUAGGUUAGGAGAUAUAAAGACUUCUCUCAGUCUGGCA